UACUUAAACAAACCGCGGAGCCACUAGCCGCAGCAGUCCACCGAGCAUUUUGAACGGAGUUCACAAGAGUUAAAUGGGUGUUUGUUUUUUCCUCUAACCAGUGACACCCAGAACGCCGCGGUUCGGUACUUCACUUUGUGUCACCGAAGACAGAGCGCGGACAGACAGAGAGAGAGUGCCACACGGGGAGCCGCGCGCAGAUAUAUUGGGUGCACAGGCUCGCGCCACUCAACAGUUUGUCACUCCGCCGGUACCCCCGCUGGCACGCGCGGACGAGGAAAGCAUAGGUCGUUAAGUAUCGUUUAAAAUAACACAGAGUCCAUGGCUGCCCCUGCACACGGAACAUGCGUGUGGAUGUUGGUUCUGGGUGCGUGUGUGUCACUGGUGGUUGGAACGGACUGCGGGAAGGAGUGUGCACUAUGUGUGUACCGUCUGCUGGGACAGCAGUCUGGUUUUCCCUCCCUGACAUGCUCACUUGAGUGCGAGGGUGGGUUGGACAGCCAGAAGCUCCGCCUGUGCCAGGACUUCCUGUUGGAGGAGGAAAACGACAUUCCUCUGGAUGCUGACCCCCGUCAACAGCAGGAACAGGAAGCAGGGGGUGCCAUGACAGCUGACGAAGAGGACGCAACAUCACCGGAACACCAGCUGGCCAAGAAGUACGGCGGCUUUAUGAAGCGCUACGGUGGUUUCAUGUCACGCCGCUCCUCCUCUCCAAAGGGGGCACUAGAGGAUCCUGGAAACCAGGACGAGGAAGAAAACGUUCGCCUGGAAAUCCUAAAGAUUCUCAAUGAAGCGGCCGAGCACGGUGGUGAGGGGGAUGGUCAGGGAGGCGAGGCGGUGAAGAGGUAUGGAGGCUUCAUGCGUCGGUCUGAUGGAGGGGUGGUGCAGGGCGACCUGCUGGAGGCGGUGUUAGGCCGCGGGCUUAAGAAGCGCUAUGGAGGGUUCAUGAGGCGCGUGGGCAGGCCUGAGUGGCUGGUGGACAGCAGCAAGAGUGGGGGGGUGUUGAAACGGGCUUGGGAGAACAGCGAGCUACAGAAGAGGUAUGGUGGGUUCAUGGACUAGUACGCCACAGUUAUGACCCUUCACUCCCCCAAUCCCCUCUCUUCAACCAAUCACCUUGUAGUCAGGACUUGUUGGUGUCUGAAUCAACUGGCCUCCCGCUCUGCUAAUUACAUUGCAUCAUCUCGCUUUGUAUAACGUGCUGCUGCCUACUUCAUUGGUUCACUUGGUCCUGUAAUGAUAAAAAAGAUAAACAUUUAAUGUUCAGGCAAAUAAUUUUUUGGUCUGUUUUUGGUUUUCAUGAUAUUAUUUAUUAAAAGAAUCUGUUGAUCGAG